CAGUAUACACACAUACACUCGAUCCAUAGUGGCACCGAGAAAGAUUAUCGGAAGCGCGGGCUCGACAGCAAGGUACAUUUGUGCAGCGCCAGGUUGAGGGACGAGCCGUUUUUUCGUCACGACAGCAUGCAAUAGCAUGAAAGUGGUUAUGAACUGUUGUGAUUACAUCGAGUCAUCGUCAGCAGCCGCACCGUACUACAAUAAUCUGAAUCCCGCCUCGCCGCCGUCGCAGCAACCCUACCAGCCCCACUGUAACAACUACCCUCCGUAUGAGUACCAACAGUCCUCUUCCUACUAUUACCAGCAGCAGCAGCAGCAGCCGACACCGCCCAAGAGUAACAUGAGUGCGUCCCUGGGCUUGCAGACGCAGGCCAACUACCCAAGUAAUAAUUAUUACUACUCGCACCACUACAAUGGGUAUCAACAGCAGCAUCCGCAGCCGCAGCAAGAUUACUACGGCUCGCAUUUUAAUAACAUGCACCAGUACAGCUCAAAUUCUUACAACUCCGGAGGGUACGUUUACAACCCUCAAGAGGCACGCAUUCGCAAGGCGCAGAGGGAUCAGACCAAGCAGGCGCUCCGAGCCGCCCGCCAACGCAAGAACUCCGGACAUGCGGAGCGGGAGGUCUCACCUCCUCCUCACAUGAUGCGCCAUCCCUGCCUUCCCCGAAACGGACCAGGAAUGAUACCGCCCUUUGGUGCUCACCCUCACAAGGUGUUCCACGGAUCGGCGACCGCGGCUGUGUCUGCCAACGAGAUGAGGGGCCACGGAGGGCCCUCCGUGCACGCCUACGGCGCGUCGCCGCCGCCGCCGCCCCAGAGGUUCUAUCCUGCGCCCUACGUGGACCAGCACAGCGCUUACAGUAUGCAGUAUUCCAGCCACCACCAGUUGCCUGCGGGCUGGUUCGGCCAGCAACCUCAGUACCACCCCCAACACCAUCACCAGAUGCAGCCAAACGGUGGAUUUGGCAACCGCAGUCUUGGACGUGAAGUGCCAUACAUGAACUCUCACUACCUGCCUCACCACCAGCAACCUCACACACCCCAACAGCACCAGCUCUUGGGACCCAACAACGAAUCAGAUCUCACCCAAAUGCCUCCGCAUUUAAUCGCUAGUCAGUACGAAGUGGAAGGCACUGUUCCUCCUGCAGCUGCCUCUACCGCUCCGUCAACGGAAGAGAAGAAGGAAACUGAGGAAAAGAAACCAAGCUCAGCUGACACAGAAAACCCAGAUUCUCAACCACUUCCACCUUUCCAACAUGCGUUCGGCUCGACCGAGAUCGGCAGAUUUGCACACGAAGGUUUCUCAGCGCAGCUGACGCUUGUGCAGGUGCGGUCAGGGCCACCUUGUGAGCCAUCGCCGCCACCGUCGCUACCGACAGAGCACCCGGCUCAGUGGCUGCAAAGGGGGCCCAUGCAGCAGCAGUUUCCCUUAACUUAUUAACUUCCUGUCCUGAAACCCCUGUCUUCCUUCCCCCGUUUCAAGCCCCAGGGGCAGUAAUAUACAUUUUACUUGCGAUUUCCUGCUGAUCAAAACAUUUACUUCCAGCCGUACUCACAUAUUAUCAUUAUAUAAACUGCGCAUAUGAUAUAUUACUGAUUAGCAAAAACUUUGUUAGGAAAAAAACUUGCACUCUUAGAAUUAUCUUGAACUCUCUAUAAAUUAUAUAUAUUAUAUAUUAACAAAAAUGAAUUAACUCUCAUGGAUAUAUAUAUAAAAUGUAUGGGUCAAACAGUUUUUAAAACUUGGUGACGAAAUAUUUGUGAGCCCAGCAUAUGCGAACAAUUUUCUCGACAACGGUAUGAAAAAUAAUACACGCCACCCUGAAUUUAGAUGAUGGCAAAAACGUUCCAACCGAAAACAAUCCUUACCCUGGUGAGAGUACAAUCUGUUUUAUAAAAAAGGAAAAAUGAAAAAGUGAUAGGCCACAUCUCCUGUGAUGAUGAUCUCUAAAAUUAAAUGACGUUUUCAAUUGUUUCAGUACAGCGAGCAAAAUUAUUGAUCAUUAAAAGAAAAGAAUUCAAUGCAAAUGAAGAGUCACAGAACAGCAGCAUGCACUUGAUUAUAUAGAGUUUUUAUACAUCACACUCUUGACCGUCAUUGCUGAAAACAAAUAUUUUCCAGAAUUAUACAUAGUAAGGAUGUGUUCCCCGAACGACAAUUAACACACACUAUAUAGUCGCAGUUGAAAAUUCAGCCCAGAUUUAAUGCUUGAGUGUUUUAUUACUGGAAUUUGCACACAUAUACAUGCAUGUAGCGGUUAUCAUACUUCUAUAUUAAUUAAACAAAUGAAAAUGCAUCGGCUCUCGGACGCCUGUGCCAACUUAAUCUCACUCUCGAUUCACCAAUGAUCCAGUUUUUUAAAACAUAAUAUAUGCUUGAGCUGAGAGGUUAAUUGCUAAUUAAGAAACUGCGCAUUGAUGUAAUUACAUGAUGAACUAUAAUUUGAGCAUGUUGAAGAAAGACACGCAUCAAAUUCUUGUAUAGAGCGAAAAAGUGUAUUUUUAAUAGAAAAAAAACAGCGAGGAAAAUUUAAAUAUAUAUAGAUGCGUCGGUUUGUUCAACAGGCGCGACGAGUUUCGUUUUUACUUAUGCUGUCAGAAAUGUGCCUUUUUGCGAGAAAAAAACUGGACAUGCGAUAGUGGUAAUUACUAUAAAAUAUAUAGAAAGAAAAACAAACGGUUCCAGUUACAUCCCAUAAUAUGAAAUCAAAUGUUAACAUUGAGCACCUGUUACUCAAGAACUCUCUCAAAAUCCAGAACAACAUUCUUGGGGACCAACAACCAUUGCAGAAAAUUGUCCAUUCCUAGCGCUUUGAUCUUGACUCGGGCACGCGCGGAGCCCAACAAAAUAUUAGUCGGAAAAACUGUGCUGAAAAUGGUUGUAAAAAAAAUUAAGUGGUUUCUUAGACUUUCGCCACUUUUGGUGUCUCCACCUCAAAAUACUUUGAAACUGCAGAUUGAAUCUACUGAAGUCAAAAAGUUUGACACAAAGGGCUAUUAAUGUGAUACAUUGCAUAAAAA